AUAAGCGCCAAAUUAAAGGGCUCCAAAUGGUGGCUCUGAUCUGAUAGCACAGAGAUUCUUAGUUUUACAUGAACAUGUUUGUCUUCCUGUUAAAUGACUUCAGAUCCUCUGGCCACUCAUUAACUCUCGCCUUUCAAACUUGGAUAAUCCGAUGCUGAACAAGUUGGCGGUGGUCAGAUCAUGGAUUCACCAUCUCUAAUGCUGGAAAAAGUGGAAAGAAUAAAUAUAGAAUAUGUUUGGAAUAAAGGGAACGGGGCUGUAGAGCACGGGAUGAUAAAUGGAUGUGUGCCGUUCUCUCAUCAGGUGGCGGGACAUAAACGCGGGAUCAAUAACACUGGUGUUCUGCAGCAUCCUGAUGGCACAAUACUCAAACAGCUACAGCCUCCUCCGAGAGGCCCACGAGAGAUGCUAUUCUACAAGCAGGUAUAUGCUAAAGACUGCACAGAUAAGAGGCUAAUGGACCUGCAACAACAUAUACCAAAGUUCUAUGGCACAUGGGCACCAAGGGAGUCGCCAAACGAACAGUAUCUGAAGCUGGAGGACGUGACACAGAGGUUUUUACGGCCCUGCAUCAUGGAUGUGAAGAUUGGCAGGAGAAGUUACGACCCUUUUGCAUCACAAGAGAAACGUGAACAGCAGAUUGGGAAGUAUCCUCUAAUGGAAGAGAUCGGCUUCCUAUUACUGGGCAUGAGGGUGUACCAGAUCAACUCAGACAGUUACAUCACCCAUGACCAGUCAUAUGGACGCAGUCUUGGAAAGGACACCGUUAAAAAUGGCUUGACUCGAUUCUUCCAUAAUGGUCAAUGCUUAAGGAAGGACGCAAUUUCCCAGAGUAUCUUUAAAAUCCAACAAAUUCUCCACUGGUUUGAGAGCCAAACACAGCUGCAUUUCUACGCCAGCUCUCUGCUGUUGGUGUAUGAAGGCUCACCUCACACAGUCAAUGGAAUGAAGCACAAGAGAGCUGAGACUGGAAGACAACUUCUGCAGUCCAACGGUCACUUCCCACAUGAGGCUCUGAGUGUUCAGUGCAGUUUAACCCAAGUGGGCAGGAAAUGCAGUCAACCAAACUGCAGUGAUCUUCCCCACAACCUCCAGCAUGACAGGACCAUGAACGGAAUGUGUGGAGGGAGUGUAGAGGAGGAAGAUGAGGAAAUUGAAAUAGAUUAUAAGGAAGAGGAUGCAGGGGAUGUGAAAAUGAUCGAUUUUGCUCAUGUGUUUCCUAGCGACAGUGCAGAUGAGGGCUACAUAUAUGGACUAAGGAACCUCCUUGCAACCUUAGAACAGAUACUAAAGGAAUGAGAUCAGUGACAUCUCUUUCUCUCUUGCUCUGUCUAAUCUGAUGUGAUCAGCCCAGCAAUUUCCCAGAGUUAGCAUUUUAGACAUUAACCUGUUCAGACCCGAAUUGUGUUCCAGGGACACAUAUGCAUGGCCAUGCUUCAUUUCUACUCUAAAUGCAGCCAUAUGACAAUCAAUGAAGAAAAAAAAAAUCUGUUAUCAGUUUUAAUAGUUAUUUCCAAUAUUAUAUUUUCACUUGGCAAAAUGAGGGCUGAAGGGGAUAAACAGGUUAAAUGUUGUUUUUUAAUUGUUCUUAAAGGAAUAGUUUAGCCCAAAAUGAAAAUUCUCAUAAUUUUCUCAUCAUUCCAGAUGUGUACUGUAUGACUUUCUUCUGCAGAACACAAAAAAGGAUUUUUAGAAGAAUAUUUUAGCUCUGUAGGUCCAAACCAUGCAAGUGAAUGGUGACCA